CUGUUAUAAAGCGCCAGCCGGAGCUGCAGAGAAUCCCUGCAAAGGAUCCUAAGACAGCACAGGAUCUCCCACAGCCUCCACCCACAGGUACCAUGGAGGUCAACGCAGCUGCCCUCGCUCUCCUCCUCACCGCAGCCGCCUUCUGCGCUCCUGCAUCGGCCUCCCCAUAUGCCUCGGACACCACACCCUGCUGCUUUGCCUACAUCUCCCGCCCACUGCCCCGUGCCCACCUCCAGGAGUAUUUCUACACCAGCAGCAAGUGCUCCAUGCCAGCAGUCGUCUUAAUCACCCGAAAGAACCGUCAGGUGUGUGCCAAUCCAGAGAAGAGAUGGGUGCGGGAGAUUAUCAACGCUUUGGAGAUGAGCUAGAAGAUGAAAGGCGCCUCGAACCCAGAACUUGUGCAACUUUCUUACUGCUUCUCCCCAAUCCCCGGCUCUCACCCUCCUUGGAGGCCCUGACUCCACCACGCAGUGGCAGUUAUAAAAGCCUCCCCACCAAAGCCCCCAGGAGCUCCUGGGGCUCUGCGCUGUGCCCAGAAAAUCUCUGGCCUUGGAUCUGCAGGCGCCUCAGCUCAGGCUACGGCUCUGCAGUCAGGAAGGAAGUCAGCGUGCCUCUGGCCAGCUUGCCUCUGGAGGCGAAGAAGGGGACACACUGGGCUUCUAUGGUAAUGUCCCACGGCCAGAGCUCCAAUCUCACCCCCUCACUAGGAUAGGCUCACUCAAAAGUGAGAAACCAGCUUUCUAAUAAAAUUUCCAAGACAAUU